AUGGUUAAAGAACAGUACAGGGACACAGACGGUUCACGUAUCAUGUGAGUAAUAUUAUAGUUAACAGAACAUUACAUUAAAUAACAUUAUUUUGUUAAUAUUUACUAUCAAAAUAAUAGAUCUAAGAUCAGCUUUGGUGUCGACAAUCCUCAAGACAUUCAAAGGAAAUCGCAUUUAUGCAUAAAUACUAGAAAUCUAUAUUCUAUAAACAAUAACAAUGCUGCACGUACACCUCAUCCAUACGGUGUGCUCGAUCAUAAAUUGGUGAGUUUAAAUUAAAUUAAUAAGAACAUUUAAUCUUCGAUCUUCAAUUUGACAUUCAAAUGUUAAUUUAUUCUAUAUACGUGUGACAGGGAGUCAAUCAAAAGGAUGCAAUAUGUAUGACUUGUAAUAAAGGACUUAAUGAUUGUCCCGGACAUACUGGUUUCAUAGAUUUACAACUUCCAGUUUUUCAUGUUGGCUUUUUUAGUUCUGUUAUAACAAUAUUACAAACAAUCUGUAAAGUAAUAAAAAUUGUAUUAUGUAACCAUUUUUUUUCUUGAUAUACUUACAGAAAAUAAUACAAUUUAAUUUUAGAAUCCAUUUUGUGCUAAAGUGCUGUUAACUAAUGAAGACCGAAUGUUUUUUUAUACAAAACUAAGAAAUAAGAACUUAACAUACACAAUGCGGAAAAAAGUAUUUAAAGAAGUUCAUGCAAAGGCGAAAAAAGUACAGAUAUGUCCUUUUUGUAAUGAGAUUGUAGGACAAGUGAAAAAAAAUGGUAUUUUAAAAAUCUCAUAUGAUCGUUAUCGAUAUAAAAAACCUGGCAAUGAAGCAGAAGCUAAAUUUUGUAAUUAUUAUUGCCUAAUGUCUAUGCAUUUUUUUUCCUCAAUAAAUAUUAAUAUUGUGCAUUUUUAAUUAGGUGCUUUAAAUGAUGUUGUAAAGUAUAACAAAGAAGUUGAAUCAAUGAGAAAUUAUAUAUUCAAUGAGAACCUUAAUCCUCAAGAAGUACUCCGUUUAUUGUUAUCUAUACCUUUCGAAGAUAUAAUAUUGUUGGGUAUGAAUCCCGAAGUAUCUAAUCCUGGAUGGUUGUUAAUGACAAGAAUGUUAGUUCCUCCAAAUUGCAUUCGUCCAUCUGCAGUCUCUGAUAUACGAUCUGGAACGUAAGGAUGAUUUACAUAUUUGUAUGUUAAAAAUUAAUAUUGAUUUUAUGUGAUGUUUAGAAAUGAAGAUGACUUGACAUUAAAAUUAUCAGAAGUUCUAUUUAUAAAUGAUGUAAUAGUGAAACAUAAACAUUCUGGAGCAAAACCCCAGUUAUUACAUGAAGACUGGGAAUACUUGCAGUUACAUUGUGCCUUAUACAUCAAUAGUGAUUUAUCUGGUGUUUCACGUACAAUGAUGGUGAAUAAAAAUAUUAACUACUCUUAAAAGUUUUUAACAAAUCUGAUUUUAACUUUGCAUUUAGCCAAAAAAAAUUGCUAGGGGUUGUGUUCAGCGUUUAAAAGGAAAACAUGGGCGAUUCCGUGGUAAUUUGUCUGGUAAAAGAGUAGACUUUACUGCACGGUCUGUAAUUUCACCAGAUCCAAAUCUUCAAAUAGAAGAAGUAAUGAACAUCAAUUUUACAAUGCGAUUUGUAUUUAUUUACUGAAUGUAUAGGUCGGUGUUCCUGUUCGCAUGGCUAAAAUUUUGACAUUUCCUCAAAAAGUAUGCCAAUCUAAUAUUAAUUUAAUGCGUAAGCUGGUUAUGAAUGGACCUGACAUUCAUCCUGGAGCUAAUUUUGUUGAACUUCAAGGAUCUAAGCUAAAAAAAUACUUAAGAUUUGGAAAUAGACCGGCUAUAGCCAAAGAUUUGAAAGUCAGUAUUUAACAAACUUUAUAUGAUGUAUUAUCUUAAUAUAUAAUUUUACUCUUCUAUGAUAACUGUUAUUAUUUUUUAGAUUCUGAGUGGAGUGAGGAAUAUAUGGGUUUUACAAUGGCGUUUAUAUUAUUUUUGUUAUUUUCUGUAAAUAACUUUUCUACCGGAAAUUUUGCUCCAAUUUUCAAGUGUAGCACCUUUUGUGAAAGGACAUUUGACAGGGUGGUACUUUAAGACGGUUAUUGUAUAAUUUUUCCAGGGAUUUUCAUAAUAAAUAAAUAAAAUUGUAAGGAAAAUUGAAACUGUAAAUAUUAUGGCCUUUUAAAAUAUGUACAACUGAACUCCGCUCAGAAUAGUUUUUCAUUAGUAAUGAUUAAUUGUUGUGUACAGAUAUAUACUAAAUUUCCCCUUUACUUUCCAACUUUUCACCUACAAUAAUAACCCAUCUACUGUGUAAAGUAUAGUCUUCUUUUUUAAUUUUUAACAAAAAUUAAGUUAUCAUCCCCAUUUUAUAUUUAAAUAAAGUUAAUUCUAAAAGUUUUGAUAUAUUCAUUAUUAUUUAUAUUUGUCAUUUAGCUUGGAGAUAUUGUUGAGAGACAUUUAUCAGAUGGUGAUAUCGUAUUAUUCAAUCGACAGCCUAGUCUUCAUAGAUUAAGUAUUAUGUGUCACCGUGCAAAGGUUUUAGAACAUAAUACAUUAAGGUAUGUGUAACUUAUUUAGUUUUAAACUGGUUUAUUUAUUAAUGAGAAUUUUUAGGUUUAAUGAGUGUGUAUGUACUCCUUAUAAUGCUGAUUUUGAUGGUGAUGAGAUGAAUUUACAUUUGCCACAAACUGAAGAGGCUAGAGCUGAAGCGAGUCUGUUAAUGAUUGUAUGUUAUAAUUAGUUUGGUCUAUUAUCGUUCUCAUUAAAUCCUUUAAAUUUUAUUUUAGAAUAAGUCAAAUUUAGUCACUCCAAGAAAUGGAGACAUUCUUAUUGCCGCUACUCAAGAUUUUAUUACUGGAGCAUAUUUAUUAACACAUAAAAAUACAUUUCUUAAUCAAAGAGAUUCUAGUAGAUUGAUUGGUUGGCUAAUGGCUGGUGAUGAUAUUAAUGUUGAUUUAACUUUACCUCGUCCAGCUAUUCUUAAGGUAUACUACUUAAUAUUAAUAAAUAACUUAAGUCCAUUAUUUAAAAAAUACUUUUACUCAUUUUAGCCCCAUAAACUUUGGACUGGAAAGCAAAUAUUAAGUAUAAUUAUGCGGCCCAGUAAAAAGUGUUCAGUGAAAGCUAAUCUUAGGUGUAAAGGAAAAUCAUAUACUCGUGAUGAAGAAUUUUGCUUCAGAGAUUCCUGUAAGCUAUAUGUAAAUUUAUUAAAAUUAUAUUUUUAAAAGUAAGAUAAUUAUUUAUUUAGAUGUUUACAUAAGAAAUUCAGAGUUAUUGGCUGGUACUAUGGAUAAGGCAACAUUAGGUUCGGGUAGUAAAUCAAACAUAUUUUAUAUAUUGCUUGCUGAUUGGGGUUCUGAUGUUUGUUGCAAAGUAAUGUGGCGUUUAACACGUCUUACAUCAUACUUUUUAAUGUUACGGGGAUUUUCAAUUGGUAUUGGUGAUGUUACACCAAGUAGUGAUUUGCUGCGUUCUAAAAAUGAAUUAGUUAUUAAUGGGUAAGAAGUUAUAAUAUAUUGAGUUAUGUAUUUAUAGUUUGUUAAUCAAUUUAUUUACUCUAAUUGAUUAAAUGUAUUUUGUUUAACAGUAACGCCUUAUGUGAAGAAAAUAUUCGUUUAAGAAAUGCAAAAGAAUUGAAAUGUCAACCUGGUUGUAACAUGGAUGAAACUUUAGAAGCAAAUAUUUUAAAACAACUGUCUGGAAUUCGAGAUUCUGUUGGUAAAGCUUGUUUACAAGAACUUCAUUCAACUAAUGGUCCAUUAAUUAUGGCUCUCUCGGGAUCCAAAGGUAAGAAUGAAGUGUACUUAAAUCAAAAUAGAUUUAAAUUACUGUUGCAUUAUUGUUUUAGGAUCUAAUAUUAACAUAUCACAAAUGAUAGCUUGUGUGGGUCAACAAGCCUUAAGUGGACAUCGUGUGCCAGAUGGAUUUGAAUCUAGGUCACUACCACAUUUUAAACGGUUUUGUAAGUUUCUCAGAUGCAUUUUAUUAAUUGAUUUUUACACUUUAUUGCAAGUUAUUAAAUUUUGUAUUAUUUCAGCAAAAACUCCAGAAGCUAAAGGAUUUGUAGAAAACAGCUUUUACUCGGGUUUAACUCCAACAGAGUUCUUCUUUCACACUAUGGGAGGUCGUGAAGGUCUUGUUGAUACAGCAGUAAAAACUGCAGAAACUGGAUACAUGCAACGGCGACUUGUCAAGGUAAAAUUAAUUGUUUCUAAUGAAAAUAAUAAACUAUUUUUUUUUUUUAGUCUUUAGAAGAUUUAUGUGUUCAUUAUGACAAUACUGUGCGUAAUGCUUUUGGAGAUGUCAUACAGUUUGAAUUUGGUGGUGAUAGUUUAGAUCCUACUUACACUGAAGGUAAGGUACAAAUUAGAUUUACUUUUAAUCCAUUAAAUGUAUUUAUAAUUACUAUAUAAUUUUUUAAAACAAUUACCUUACACAUAUAUUUAAUAUAAUUAAAUAUUUAGGUGAUGGUAUUCCAGUUGACUUCAAACGUGUUUAUUUCAAUGUGACUGCUAACUAUCCAUGUCGUGAAGAAUGUACCUUAGGUUCUGAUGAAAUAACUCAAAUUACUGAAGAUGUAUUGUCGUCAGAUGAUUUUAAAAAUGUAAAUUUUGUAUUUACAGAAGAGUUGAGGUAUACUAAAAAUUAUAUACUUAUUAACAUUUUUUAUAUUUAAUCAAAUUAUAGUAUAAAUUCAUAUAAUUUAAACUAUCCACAAAAUACAAUAGUAAUGUUAAGAGUAUAUUAAAUUUUUAUUUUUAUUUAAUUAGAAAAUUUGGAAAAAAUUUAUCAAACCAAAUGGCAGAACUGAGAAAGAAAUGGUUAAAUUUAGAAGUUUCAAAACUAUAUCGAAUUACUUCUACGCAACUAAUAAAAUUUUAUAUGACUUGUCUAGCCAAGUAUAUGGCUGCUGUGAUUGAACCAGGUAUAAUUAUACGUAAAAUCAAAAAGGGGUUUAGUAUUUUACAAAUGUAAAACAUUAUUAUUUUCAUAGGAACACCUGUUGGAGCCAUAGCUGCUCAAAGUAUCGGAGAACCUGGUACACAAAUGACAUUAAAAACAUUUCACUUUGCUGGUGUUGCUUCAAUGAAUAUUACACAGGGUGUUCCUAGGUAUUUUAUUUCAAUUUAAUUAGUUUAUAAUUUCUUUUGCAUAAUUCUAAUUUUAAUUUAUGUACUAUUAUUAGCUGUUUUUAUGAAGGAUUCAAGAUCCUUUUAUGUAUUCCAAAUACAUUAUUUUCAUUUUUUUUUUAUAUUCACAGUAAUGUGGAUAAAAUUACACAAAAUUAAUUUUAUUUAUUUUUAUUUUAGAAUCAAAGAAAUAAUUAACUCUAGUAAAAAUAUAAGUACUCCUAUUAUUACAGCAUUCUUAGAAAAUGACAAAGACAAAGAAUUUGCAAGAAUUGUUAAAGCUCGUAUAGAACAAACAACUUUAACUGAAGUAAAAUACAAUUUUGUUUUAAUUUAUUUAUAAUAUUUUCUAUACUUAAAUUAUUACAGGUUUGCAGUUUUAUUGAUGUAGUUCUUGAGAACACUGAAUGCUAUUUAUUAAUACAUGUAGACAUGAAUCGAAUUAAACUCUUACAAUUAGAAGUUACAAUUGAAUCAAUAAGGGAUAGGUAAUCAAACCAUACCAAUGUUGAAAUUUAGUUAUUUUAAGAUAUAUUUAAUCGUUUUUUCAUGGAUUUUUUUAGUAUUAUUACAACUCCACGUAUUGGAAUUAAAGCUCAUCAAUUAAAUAUAGACAAUGAAUCAUGUGUUAGUAUUACCUUACCAUCAAAAGGACCCCAAAUAUUAAAUAAUUAUAUUAAUUUAUACAUGCAAAAUUUACAAAAAGUUGUAAUUAAGGUGAAUAUAGUGAUGUUAACUAUUUGUUAAAAUAUUUUUUUAUAGUUCAUGUAAUUAUAAAAUAAUUAUUGGUUGUUAUUUAAUUUUAAAGGGUAUAAGUAAUGUUUCUCGUGCUGUAAUUCAUGAAGAAGAUGAUAAUGGUGAAAUAAAGUACAAAUUGCUUGUUGAAGGUGAUAACUUAAGAGAAGUAAUGGCAACACCUGGAAUAAUAGGGAAACUGUGUACUAGCAAUAAUACGUUUCAAGUGUGGAAUGCACUUGGCAUAGAAGCAGCUAGGUAAUAUUUAAUAGUGUUAUGAAUUUCAAAAUAAAAUAUAUUCAUCAUCAAGUUUUGAACUUAAUGCCCUAAAUAAGCAAUAAAAUAUGUGGAUUUAAUUGCAAUAAAACAAAUAUUUAAAAAAUAAAAAAAAAAAAAUAGAAAAUAGUUACAGAUGUAUGAAUAACUUUUAAAAUAAAACAAAUGAUCAUUUCAAUUAGAGAACCAAUACAAAUAAUUUUAAUUUACUUAUUCCAUUGUACCCAUUAAAUUAUAUUAGUCAUUCUCUUUAUUAUCACUAUUAAUGGAACAGAAAUCAUUUCUAUAAACCACAAGUGAACACUAAACAUCAGAUUUAUAUGCUUUUAAAAUGCAUAAAUAUCUUAAAAAUAUCAAAGUUAAGGGAGGGACUUUAAAUCCAUCUACUAUUUUUUGGUUUUUUCCCUGGCUUUUUGACAUUUUUUGUGUAUUUUAAGUGCAUAUAUUUUUGGUCCUUAAUUAUAACAAACUUAUGUCAUGUCCUAUUAUUAUUAUUGAUUGUUUAACCAAAUAAUAUUUUAUUUAAUUUGAUAUUAUACUUGCUUUAUAAUUUUCAGGUCAACAAUAAUAUCAGAAAUAGAUAGUGUAAUGAGUAAUCAUGGAAUAUCAAUAGAUCCUAGACAUCCUAUGCUUAUUGCUGAUUUGAUGACUAGUAGAGGUGAAUUGUUAGGGAUAACACGGUUUGGUCUUUCUAAAAUGAAAGAGUCUGUACUAAAUCUUGCCUCGGUAAAAACAUUUUUUAUUACAAUACCAUUAAUAAAUAAUAGAUAUCUAGGUGUUAUUCAAUGAUGUUCUAAUUAUUAUACUUCUAUAUUUUUAGUUUGAAAAAACCUCUGAUCAUUUAUUUGAUGCUGCAUAUUAUGGACAAACUGAUACAAUAAAUGGAGUAUCUGAGAGUAUUAUAAUGGGUAUUCCAAUAAAUUUGGGUACAGGAUUUUUCAAAUUGAUUUAUAAAUAUCCUUUUAAUACAAUUAAAAAAUUGAAAUUAAUUAACAAUCAUUCAUUAAAAAAAAUAUAUAAAUGCAUUGUAUCUUAACUAUCUAUAACUACUUAUCAAAUUAUUUUUUAAUGAAUGUACUUUGUAAAACAAAAAUAUUGUCCUUAAUAAUUAAUGUUUAAGACAAAAAAUGACACCACAAAGUUACCAAAACAGACGUUCAUAUUUGAUGAUCCAGAACUUCACGAAAAAGGAUGUUACUGGCAAUAAUUUAUUUCAAGUUCCAGUUCUAGUUAUUCAAUUUUAUGGUUAUAAUAAUUGUUUAUUUUUUUUUUUUUUUACUUGUUUUUAAAUCUGUGAUACUAAUUAUAUUUUGCUGUAAUUAUUAGUUAUAAAUUAAUUUUUUUUUAAUAAAUGUUUUAUAAAAAUACAUUCUUUGACGAGGAUUCGAAACAGAAUUAAUUGCAAUUGGAUAACUAUUAGAGAGAAACAUCAAAACAUCAGGUGUUUUAUGUGAUAAGAGAAUGAGACUUUAAGGCAAGUUCUACAAAAAGUGGUGAGAGACUAUUUUGUAUGAUUUGUAGUUUUAAGCAGACAAUUAAAGACAAAUAAAAAGAACCAAGCCUUGGCGGAUGAGUGGAGUGAUAAGAAAAAGAUGAAGAAUGAGUAUAUAAUAGAAGAAUCUGAAGUAGUAAUUAAUUUUAAUGAAAAUAAACAUAGGAGGAAAGAAGGAGUAAGGAAAAUAAAAAAAAGGUGGUUGGAUUUAAUUGAGAAUGAUAUAACAGUCUUUAUGUGCCAGGUGGAAGAUUGGGUCAAGUGGAAGUUUUGA